AUGCGCGAGCUCCGAUGCGCGACGCAGCGCUACGACUGGGGCGUCGUCGGUUCGGGGCUCUGUCGCGCCCUCGGCGCCGCGAACGCCGCGCGGAACGGUGCGAACGUCGACGACGCGUUCAUGGAUGGACCGCACGCCGAGCUCUGGAUCGGCACACAUCCGAACGGUAUGUCCGUGUUGAGCGACACCGGCGUCGAUCUGCGCGCGCACGUGGCGGAGAAUCAAGUCCAGUGCCUCGGCGCGCGCGUGAUCGAUCGGUUCGGGGACGGUGGGAGGUGUGACGUGCCGUUUUUGAUGAAGAUUCUGAGCGUCGCAAAGGCGCUGAGCGUCCAGGCGCACCCGGAUAAAAAAUUAGCGAAGGAGUUACACGCGAGAGAUCCGAAGAACUACAGGGACGAUAAUCAUAAACCGGAGAUGGCGCUGUGCGUGAGCGAACGAUUCGAAGCCAUGAGUGGAUUCGCGUCGGCGAGGGAGGUUUGGGAAAACGCGCGGGCGCACGAAGAGUUGAGACGGGCGGCGAGCGACGAGGAGGCGUGGAGCGAUCUCGAGCGCGCGCUCGCGGCGGGUAAGGGAGACGACGAUGAUGAGGUGAAGGGUGCGUUUAAACGAGUGUUCACGGCGCUCAUGACGGCGGAGAAAGCGACGGUGGAGCGCGAAUUGGCUUUGAUGCGGACGCGCGUCGCGGCGAAGGAAUCGAGAGACGCCAAGGAGUCCCUCUUCCUGCGGCUGUGUGCGCAGUAUCCGGGCGACGUCGGCGCGUUCUGCGCGUUCGUGUUGAAUUACGUCACGAUCACUCCCGGUCAGGCGAUCGUCAUGGCGGCGAACGAGCCGCACGCCUACCUCUCGGGCGACUGCGUCGAGGUCAUGGCGACGAGCGACAACGUCGUCCGCGCCGGACUCACGCCCAAGUUUCGCGACGUGCGCGUCCUGUGCGACAUGCUGACGUACACAUUGGGCCCCCCGGAAAUCUUAACCGGCGACGUCAUCGACGCGUGCACGCGCAGAUACGUUCCACCGUUCGAGGAAUUCGUCCUGGACGUCGUCGCGUGCGCCUCGGGCUCGACGCACGUCGCCGCCGCGCGAGACGGUCCCUCCGUGUGGAUCGUCCACCGAGGCGCGUGUCGCGCGACGUCCAGCGCGGAUGGGCGCACCCUCGCCCUCACCCCGGGCGCCGCCCUCUUCAUCGACGCCGGUGAAUCCCUCGACGUCGCCGCGUCGGAGGACUUCGUCGCCUACGUCUCCAGCACCAACGUGUGA